AUGGCUGCUGUUCAAGCUGUGCUCUCCGCACUCGAUGUAUUCAGUCGUGCACCGGACAAGGCUGCACUAGAUCAGGCCAACGUAUGGCUGCAAGAUUUCCAGCAUUCCCGCGAUGCGUGGUCGACGUGCAACGUACUGCUGUUAUCACCGGAUGCUCCUGCGGCGGCAAAGCUCUUUGCUGCACAGACAUUCAGAACAAAAGUUAUUUAUGAUCUGCAUGAGAUGGACAGCGCAGACGUAUUCCGCCUCCGGGAUACGCUGGUGACGGCAUUAGAGACGUAUCACACCGGACCUCGCACAAUUAUGGUGCAGCUUUGUCUGGCAAUCUCGGGUCUCGCGCUGCAAUUUCCUGGAUGGGAGGAUCCGGUUCAGAACAUGAUCGAUUCUUUUGGGAGGAAUCCCACUACCGUCCCAGCGCUAUUACAAUUUCUCACAGUUCUGCCGGAGGAGCUUAACACAAACACCAAAAUUCCUGUGACGGACGACGAGUACAAGGAGAGGGCGAACAAAUUGCUGACCAGCAAUGCAACGAGAGUCGUAGGAUUGCUUUCAAUGUACUUGCAGGCCACAGGCGUUUCAUCAGCGAUUCAGGUGCAGGUUUUCCAUUGUCUCAGUAGCUGGCUUGCAGCUGGUGAAAUUACCGCUGCAUCUCUCACGGAAUCGCCACUACUCCCAUUUGCUUUUGAAGCGUUGGAGUCGGAGGCCCUAUUCGAUGUUGCUGUUACCGCAAUUUGUGACCUCAUACAUGAGACGCAAGAGGUAGAAGACAAUAUGCCGGUGAUUGAGUUCAUUGUCCCGAGGGUCAUCUCCCUGCGACCCAAGCUCUCGGAAUUCGCAUCGGAUCCCGAGAAGAUAAGGGGGUUUGCCCGUAUCUUUGCAGAGGCUGGGGAGACUUACCGUGGACUAAUUCUUCAUCAUCCGGAGACAUUCUUCCCCAUCGUCGAGGCCAUAGGCGAAUGUUCCGCAUACCCUGAUUUGGACAUUGUUCCCAUUACGUUCCACUUUUGGAUGCGCCUUGCUCAAAGCAUUGGCAAAAAGCCAUCCGUUCCUCCACCCUUCCUCAAUGCGUACAAGGCGCUCGUCGGUGUCAUUAUAUCGCAUCUACAUUUCCCGGAGGAGCUUAGUUCCUUGACGGGACAGGAAGCUGAUAAUUUCCGUUCUUUUCGCCAUGUAAUGGGUGACACCUUGAAGGACUGUUGUUAUGUCCUUGGUGCUGACCUCUGUCUACUGGCGUCAUACGACAUGAUCACUGCGGCUCUUUCCGAAGGCAACACGAUUUCUUGGCAGAAAAUCGAGGCCCCAUUGUUCGCAAUGAGAUCUAUGGGUGCGGAGGUGGACCCUGCUGAUGACAAAGCAGUUCCAAAGAUCAUGGAUCUUAUUCCGUCUCUUCCGCCUCAUCCACGAGUUCGAUAUGCAGCACUGCUCAUCAUCUCGCGGUAUACAGAAUGGAUUAACCGCCAUCCGGAAUAUAUUCCUUACCAACUGCAGUAUAUCUCCGCUGGUUUUGAAGACAACGAUGGGGAGGUGAAUGCAGCGGCAGGACAAGCAAUGAAGUAUCUUUGCCAAGAUUGCCGUCGUCAUCUGAUUGAUGUCUUGCCUCAACUUCAUACAUUCCUCGGCACCACAGGCUCCAAGCUAGCUCAAGAUGAUAAGGCCCAAGUUUUUGAGGCAAUCGCAUAUGUGAUCUCAGCUAUGCCAAUGGAGCAAGCAGCACAAUCCCUGCGCACGUUCUCUUUGGAUAUCCUGGCCCAAGUGCAUGCGAUCGCAAAUAAGUCAACAGUAGUAACCAAGGAUGAGUUGCAGGCAGUCGGUAACGGAUUGGAGAACCUCGAAGUCAUGCUGGGAGUUAUCGACACAUUUGGUGAAGAGUUACCUGUGACGUGCCACAAUAGUUCCCAAGAAGCUUGGUCAUUCUUCGAUCCCUUCAUUGCCAAGUACGGAUCUGACUACCAGAUCUGUGAACGUACCACUCGGGUACUUCGUCUUGGUUUCAACUUCUUCGGAUCCACAGUCCGACCGGUGCUAUCGUCCGUGCUGACAAGGAUGUCUGCUGCUUUCGAGGCUACUGGAUAUUCCAGCUAUCUUUGGAUUGUGGGAAAGAUUGUUGGCAGGUUUGGAAACGACGAUGAUCCCGCCCUACGCGCUGCAUUCAAAGAUGUAUUCGAGAGAUCUUCCAAUAAGCUUGUUCAAAUCCUGCGAGGAAAGACACCCGCAAGUAUACCAGAUGUGAUGGAAGACUACCUACAGAUGUCACUGCAAAUGCUCGAGUACACCCCUGAUGUUUUCUUCCCAUCUCCAGCUUUCCCUGUUGCUUUUCGUGCUGCAAUAGCAGCUCUUACCGUUGUGCACUCCGACAUUGUUUUUGCAGCCCUAGAUUUUAUCCGCAACAUCGUCACCCAUGACUGUCUUUCGCCGUCGUCAACAACGCCGCCUCCGCCCAAGUUUCCUGUGUAUGCUGCUGCUAUCCGACCAGUUGUCCAGAAGGAGGGACUGGAGUUAACAGGGUAUCUUCUCUCGGGCUUGGUCGGAGAUUUUCCCGAAGAGUCCGCACCAAUAGUCGUGACCAUCUUCCGCGUAUUGGCCGGUCUAUGGCAGGCCGAGUUGUUGUCCUGGCUGCCUGCGGUCCUACAACAGCUUCCGCCUAUCUCCGCUACUGAUCAGCUGAAAGCCCAAUUCCUCGCAGAUAUGAACGGGUAA